CAUGUCAGGGAUGAGGGUCUGGGCGCCAGUGUGCUGGGUGCACACACACUUGUUCCCACACCUGCCUCGAACCCGCCCACGCUCGUACAGAGCCCGCAGGUGGGUCCUGGCAUAGCCCAGUUCUGUGUGUCCUGGUCUCUGACAGAGCGGAGCUGGCCCCUCAGGCUGAUUAUGCGUUUGUUUCACCCCAAACCUCCUGCCUGCCCAUGCUGGACAUGUGGCUGAAAGCCCAGGCCCGGACACAGGAAGGAAGGACACGCAGGGGGAGGGGACGAGAGGAAAGGCCAGUCGGAAAGCUUGGUGUGGACACGGGCCGGACCGUGCUCUGUUCUCAUCCCCGUGAGCUGUGAAUGUGACCUGAUUAGGAAAAGGUCCUGCAGGUUCUGAGUUCCCGGGCCAGGAGCAGUGGCGCCCUUGGGGCAGCUGGACCGGCCUCACUGCGCCAUGUCCGCGGGCUGAGCGCCACCGCUGCCGGGCCUUGUCCCGCCUCGCGUGGGGGCCACGUGUCCCCAGGCCAAGGUCCCGGCGGCCCACCAUGGUGUUGCCGCCCCCGGACCGGCGCCACGUGUGCCUGACCACGCUGGUGAUCAUGGGCAGCAUGGCAGUCAUGGACGCCUACCUGGUGGAGCAGAACCAGGGCCCGCGGAAGAUCGGUGUGUGCAUCAUCGUGCUGGUGGGCGACGUGUGCUUCCUGCUGGUGCUGCGCUAUGUGGCCGUGUGGGUGGGCGCCGAGGUGCGAACGGCCAAGCGCGGCUACGCCAUGAUCCUCUGGUUCCUCUACAUCUUCGUGCUGGAGAUCAAGCUCUACUUCAUCUUCCAGAACUACAAGGCUGCCCGGCGGGGUGCGACCGACCCGGUGGCGCGCAAGGCGCUGACGCUGCUGCUGUCGGUGUGCGUGCCGGGCCUCUUCCUGCUGCUGGUAGCGCUCGACCGCAUGGAGUACGUGCGCACCUUCCGCAAGCGGGAGGACCUGCGAGGCCGCCUCUUCUGGGUGGCGCUGGACCUGCUGGACCUGCUGGACAUGCAGGCCAACCUGUGGGAGCCGCCGCGCACGGGACUGCCGCUGUGGGCUGAGGGCCUCACCUUCUUCUACUGCUACAUGCUGCUGCUGGUGCUGCCGUGUGUGGCGCUCAGCGAGGUCAGCAUGCAGGGCGAGCACAUCGCGCCACAGAAGAUGAUGCUCUACCCGGUGCUCAGCCUCGCCACCGUCAACGUGGUGGCGGUGCUGGCGCGUGCCGCCAACAUGGCGCUCUUCCGGGACAGCCGCGUCUCGGCCAUCUUCGUCGGCAAGAACGUGGUGGCGCUUGCCACCAAGGCCUGCACCUUCCUCGAGUACCGUCGCCAGGUGCGCGACUUCCCGCCGCCUGCGCUCGCCCUGGAGCUGCAGCCGCCGCCCUCGCAGCGCAACUCGGUGCCACCACCGCCGCCACUGCAUGGCCCACCUGGCCGCCCCCAUGGGCCCUCGCCCACUCGUGAUGCUCUGGACACGUGACAGGGCCCACAUGGCCCCAGGACGCCUGCGGGCACAGACGCUGGCUGGUGGGGCGUGCAGUGCGUGUGGGAUGGGGUGGAGGCGGGCUCCCCCGGGCUGGCGGCGGGUGCCCGAGGGUCAGGUCUGCAGCUGCUUCUCAUCUCAGGGACCCACUUGGACCACUGAUCUCAGCCCGGCUCCCCCACCCGCCCCAGAGCAGGGCAGUGUAUGCGCGUGGAAAGGCCCUCCGAGACAUCCUGGGUGGGAAGGAAGGACAGAGGGGGGUGAGGUCUGGUCCUUUGGGGUCCCUCAGUGCGGGCCUCUGGCUCAGAGUUUGGGGCUGAGCAGGCCUCUGUCAUUUUA